CACUGCGCAGACUCGCGGCUCUCCGCUGUCAGGGCAAGGCAAACUGACAGUAUGGCGGCGGGGUGCAGCUGGAAGGAUGCUACUGUCGCCCGUGAUGUGUCUAUCGCCGGUAGGACGUAAAUGGACAAUUGACGGCAAAAAGAGAAGAGGAUUUAGCGAGAAAGGCUUGUCGCCGUGAGCUCCAAAGAUGGCCAGGCUCGCCGACUACUAUCUAGUGGUCGGUUACGACCUCGACAAGCGAGUGGAGGGUGAAGGUCAAGGUCGCAUUCUCCAGCGGUUUCCUGAGAAAGACUGGGAGGACAGCCCGUUCCCACAAGGCAUAGAGCUGUUCUGUCAGCCCAGCGGUUGGCAGCUGGUUCCCGAGCGGCAACCUGCCUCCUUCUUUGUAGCGGUUUUGACUGACAUCAACUCUGACCGUCACUACUGUGCCUGCUUCACCUUCUGGGAGGGCCUGGACAACCCACAGCUGCAGGCUGAGGCCAGCGAGGUGGACGAGGCGGACGAGGUGCUCGCUGUCGUCCAACCAGCUCAGGUCUUUGCCCCCAAGAGCCUGGUGCUGGUGUCCAGACUGGACCACACAGAGGUGUUCAGGAACUGUUUGGGGCUGAUCUACACCGUCCACGUAGAUGGCCUUACUGUCCCCUUGGAAACGGUGGUUGGAAAUCUCCUCACUUGCAUCAUCCCCAUCGCUGGAGGCUCCCAGACGGAUGAGUCCCCAGUUUGUAGUUUAGGCCAGGUUCCUCAGGCCCUGGCCUGUGACUGGCUGCUGGCCUGUCUCCAGCCGGGCCAGGAGGAGAAAGAGGAGAGUUUGAGGACCAUAACGUUAGGUGCUGGCGACCGGCAAGUCAUCCAGACUCCCAUCGAUGAUUCUCUUCCCGUCAGCGGCAGCACCGUGGCCCAGCUCUUCAGACAGCUUGGUAUAGUCAACGUCUUGUACCUGUUCUGUGCCGCCCUGACGGAACACAAGAUCCUGUUCCUGUCCAGCAGCUACCAGAGACUAACAGACGCCUGCCGGGGACUGCUGGCCAUCAUGUUCCCCCUCAAAUACAGCUUCACCUACGUUCCCAUCCUGCCGGGGAAACUUCUGGAGGUCCUGAGCACCCCCACCCCCUUCAUCAUCGGUGUCAAUUCAUUCUUCCGCUCGGAGACACAGGAGCUGCUGGAUGUGAUCAUCGCCGACCUGGACGGCGGCACCGUGACCACCCCCGAAUGCGUCCACAUCUCCCUGCUGCCCGAGCCGCUCCUCCAGCAGACCCAGACUGUGCUCUCAAUGGUUUUGGAUCCGGAGCUGGAAAUUGCUGACCACGCCUUUCCCCCUCUCUCCACGCAACCCUCCGCGCUCAAGAUCCAGGACAAGGAGAUCCGGGGAGUCUUCCUGUGGCUAUUCGCUCGGCUCUUCCAGGGCUAUCGCUGGUGUUUACACAUCAUCCGCAUUCACCCAGAACCCGUGAUCCGCUUCCAUAAGGCUGCCUUCCUGGGUCAGAGGUCGCUGACGGAAGAGGACUUCCUCAUGAAGGUGUUGGACGGCAUGGCGUUUGCAGGCUUUGUGUCAGAGCGAGGGCCCCCUUACAGAGCCACCGACCUGUUCGAUGACCUGGUGGCCAAUCACGUGGAGCGGAUACGACAAGAGGAGGCCUGUCCGCACAAAGUCAUGAACCACGUCAAGGAGCUGGCUGAGCAGCUCUUCAGAAAUGAGAACCCUUACCCCGCCGUUGCGAUGCACAAAGUCCAGCGACCGUCGGAACGCAGCCAGAACAUGGCACAGAAACAGUCGCCGUUCCCCGCGCUGGACGAUGUCGCGGUGCAGCUCUUCAUCGACCACGCCGCCUCCAAGCUCAAGACGGCACCUCCUGUGGUCAAGGCGGAGGUCAAGGGCAUGGUGCCAUCGGGGCCCCCACUGGGAGACAUUGUGGACAGGAACGGCAACGUGAUGGCCAACAGCGCCCGCAGGCUGGAGGUGGUCAGGAACUGCAUCACAUACCUCUUCGAGAACAAGAUGCUGGAGGCCAAGAAGUUAAUGCCAGCUGUGCUGCGGGCAUUGAAGGGUCGGGCAGCCCGGGUUUGUUUGACCCAGGAGCUCAAUCAGCACGUCCUGCAGAACCGAGCAGUGCUGGAUGACCAGCAGUUUGACUGCAUUGUCAGAAUGAUGAAUUGCACCUUACAGGACUGCUCACAUAUUGAUGAGCAGGGUAUUGCAGCUGCCCUCCUUCCACUGGUCACAGCCUUCUGCAGAAAAAUGGGCGCAGGCACCACUCAGUUUGCCUACAGCUGCGUUCAGGAGCACAUGGUCUGGACCACCAUGCAGUUCUGGGAGGCCAUGUUCUACAGCGACGUCCAGAACCACAUCAGAGCUCUGUACCUGGAGACUGAUGAAGGGGAGCAGCAGAACAACCAUGAGCAGCAGGACGGGUCGGGCGACGGGAGGGAAAUCAGCGCCCUGGAUCUGGCGUCGGAGCAGAGCCGUCUGUGGCCGACGCUCAGCAAGGAGAUGCAGACGGAGCGCGUGCAGAAGGAGGAGAGCACGGUGUUCAGCCAGGCCAUCCACUACGCCAACAGGAUGAGCUACCUGCUGCUGCCACUGGACACCAGCAAGAAUCGCCUGCUGAGGACCACCGGCCUCGCAGACGUGGAGAGCGUCAGCAACAGCUACGUCACCAACAGGUACGUCACCAACAGUAUUGCGGGCAGCAUGGCGGAGAGCUACGACACGGAGAGCGGCUUCGAGGAAGCCGAGAGCUCCGACGUGGCGAACUCCGUGGUGCGCUUCAUCAACCGCUUCGUGGACAAAGUGUGUAACGAGAGCGGCGUGACCAACGAGCACCUGAAGGCCCUCCACACCAUGAUACCAGACAUCGUUCAGAUGCACAUCGAGACGCUGGACGCAGUCCACAGGGAGAGCAAGAGAAUGCCGCCGACCCAAAAGUCCAAGCUGCUGAGGCCGACGCUGUUGCCCGGUGAGGAGCUGGUGAUGGACGGCAUGCGGGUCCACUUGAUCCCCGACGGCCGCGAGGAGGCCACGGGGCUGAUGGGAGGUCCGCCCCUGCUCCCUGCCGAGGGCGCCAUCUUCCUCACCACCUACCGGCUCAUCUUCAAGGGCACGCCCCACGACCCGCUGGUGGGUGAGAAGGUGGUGACUCGCUCGUUCCCCAUCGCCUCUCUGACCAAGGAGAAGAGGAUCUCAGUCAAUUUAGCCAUAGACCAUUAUAUCCAGGAGGGGCUCCAGCUACGGUCCUGCACCUUCCAGCUGAUGAAGAUCGCGUUCGACGAGGAGGUUGCGUCCGACCUGGCCGAGGUUUUCAAGAAGCACAUGCACAAGCUGCGCUAUCCUCAGCACGUCCAGGGAACCUUCGCCUUCACCGUGGGUCAGUGCAGCAAGAUGGUGGUGGAGCACAAGACCAAGGACAAGAACCAGUCGCUCAAGACACUUUCCAAAAACCUGGUGAAGACUGCUAAGAGGACCAUCGGCCGGCAGCAUGUGACCAAGAAGAAGUACUCUCCCCCCACCUGGGAGAACCGGAGCAGCUUCCAGUCGGAGUUGGACGAGGAUGUAAUCUCAGUUUCAGAGGAAGCGGACCAGAGCUCCCUCACCCUCUCCUCCACCAUGCGCUCAUCCGACAGGCAGACCAUGAGCAACGUCGUGGAGCGCGCCUGCUGCCGCGACUACCAGCGCCUGGGCCUUGGCACGCUCAGCAGCAGCCUGACGCGCUCGAAAAACGAGCCGUUCCGGAUCUCGACCGUCAACCGCAUGUACACCGUCUGCAGGAGCUACCCGGGUCUGCUGAUUGUGCCUCAGAGCAUCCCAGACACGACCAUUCAGAGAAUCUGCCGCUGCUACCGGCAGAAUCGCUUCCCCGUGGUUUGCUGGAGGAAUCCGCGGACCAAGGCCGUCCUCCUGCGAUCUGCAGGCCUCCACGCCAAGGGGGUAGUGGGCUUCUUCAAGUCCCCUAACACCCCUUCUACAGGGCCCUCGCAGGCCGACUCCACCAGUCUGGAGCAGGAGAAAUACCUGCAGGCCAUCAUCAGCUCUAUGCCUUCUUACAGCGAGAGCAGCGGCAGGAACACGCUCAGCGGCUUUACCUCCACUCAUAUGAGCACCUCUGACUCCUCAGACAAGCUGAGGCAGCCCAAGAUCGGCGCUCUGAUGAAGCAGGUGAUGGGCACCAAGGAGGACGUCCCCGGAACCUUCAGCAGAGGAGCUCUGGGUCAAAGGGCGAAAGUCAUCUCCCUCUCCCAGCCCAAAGUGUCUGGCAAGGCCAGGAACCCUCCUAGAGGUAAAUGGAGCAGCAUCCGGGGCAGCGGGCGUCUAAGUGCCUACAACCCAGACGUGGGGACGCGUCUGGCAGUGAAGGAGUCUCCGCAGCCCAACGGAGGGCCGAGCGAGGCGCUGUUUCUCCGCCAGCAGAAGGCCUACCUCUACAUCAUCGGAGACAAGGCCCAGCUCAAGGGCGGGAAGCAGGACUCGUUCCAGCAGUGGGAGGUCGUUCCCAUCGAGGUGUGUGACGUGCGGCAGGUGAAGAACAGCUUCAAGAAGCUGAUGAAGGCCUGCGUGCCCACCUCCUUGACCCCUGAACACAACGUGAGCUUCCUGCGCUGCCUGGAGGAGUCUGAGUGGAUGGUUCUGCUACACAAGGUGCUGCAGGUGUCCGUGCUGGUGGUGGCGCUCCUGGACUCGGGUUCGUCGGUCAUGGUCAGCCUGGAGGACGGCUGGGACGUCACCACGCAGGUGGUGUCCCUGGUGCAGCUGCUGUCCGAUCCGUACUACCGAACGUUCGACGGCUUCCGGCUGCUCGUGGAGAAAGAGUGGCUGUCGUUCGGCCACCGGUUCAGCCACCGCGGAGCGCAGACGCUGGGCAGCCAGAGCAGCGGCUUCACCCCCGUCUUCCUGCAGUUCCUGGACUGCGUACACCAGAUCCACCUGCAGUUCCCCAUGGAGUUUGAGUUCAGUCAGUACUACCUGAAGUUCUUAGCCUACCACUACGUGUCCAACCGUUUCCGCACCUUCCUGCUCGACUCCGACUACGAACGCAUCGAGCUGGGAGUGCUGUAUGAGGAGAAGGGAGAGAGGAAAAGCCCUCAGGUGUGCAAGUCCGUGUGGGACUACAUCGACAGACUAAACAAGAAAACGCCCGUCUUCUACAACUACAUGUUCUCUCCUGAAGACGAGGAGGUUCUGCGACCGUACACCUUCAACUCCAACCUGAAGGUGUGGGACUUCUACAUGGAGGAGACGCUGUCAGAAGGGCCGUCCUACGACUGGGAGCUGAGGGGCCGGCAGGAGCGUGUGGCGGAGGAGACGCCUGAAAAAGCCGACAGCGGCGGCCCCAAAUCGCAGCGGCACAUCGUGUGGCCGUGCUACGACAGCCUGAGCAAGGCGGUGCCCGACGCCAUCACCAAGCUGCUGCAGGACCUCCAAAGUCUGGAGGCGGAGCUCGGCCUGACGUCCGAGAAGUGGAAGGACACGUGGGAUAAAAUCAAAACGGCACAGAGAACCGAGGCCAAACUGGAAAGCAAGCCGUCGUUCUCCAGCUCGUUGCUGAUGUCGUCCAACCUGAGCCACCAGCGGCGCUCUCAGCGCGUCUACCUGCAGGAGAGCGCCGGCGGGUCCUCCAUCAAUCUGACCCUGGACUGCGAGGCCACCGCCACUUCCACCCCCGUCGCCGGCCGCCCGAGCACCAGCACGCUUUACAGCCAGUUCCAGAGCACGGAGAGCGAGAACCGGAGUUUUGAAGGCAUCCUGUUUAAGAAAGGGGCGAUGUUGAAACCAUGGAAACCACGGUGGUUUGUGCUGGACAAGACCAAGCAUCAGCUGAGAUACUAUGAGAGCAGGCAGGACAAGGAGUGCAAAGGUGUGAUCGACCUGGCCGACGUGGAGUCCGUCCUUGCAGGAACGUCCGCCAUGGGAGCGCCGAAGAACAUCGAGGAGAAAGCCUUCUUCGAUCUCAAGACGACCAAACGCGUGUACAACUUCUGCGCCCAGGACAGCCUGAACGCACAGCUGUGGAUGGACAGCGUCCAGAGCUGCCUGUCGGACGCCUAGAGAGGAGGCGGGACUCUUGAGGAGCGAUGCACCCGUCGAGGAAGGGGGGGGCAGGGGCCCUUCCACCUCUUAAGCUCCGCGCUGCUCGCCAGUGUCGAACUAAUACUUUUGCGUCACCACGUUUCAGUGUUUUUGUUAUAUAAAAAAAUAUCAGAAAAAGUACAAAAAAAGGAAUGAAAGAACAAUGUCCGUGAAGAACCACUCGCUGUCGUCUCACCGCGUCGCUGCAGCCCCGCCCCCCACAAUUUGACCACUUUAUUGGAGCAUGUUGCAUUUCUGUGACGCUUCUUGCGGCGUGGACCAGCGUCAAGAUCCCCCCCUCCUCCCUUACUGAAACCCUGCUCGCCCUUUGUAAGACACGGAGGAGCGGUGGUCGGUCCAGGACAACGAUACGGGGAACCGGAUCUACCGGAACCAAAACAAUCCGAGGACCUCGCGUGCUGACGGCCUCUUCUUGCCGCUCACUGCCUGACGUCAGCCUGUUCAAGGGAGGAGUUUUAGCUGCGAGGGGGGGGGGCUCCUCAAAGGGUCAUGAAGGAUUUCUUUUCUUUUUUUCUCUUCCAAAAUCUCACAUUUGUACCAGAGAGAUCAACGCUCAGGCGAUGACAAUAUAUAUACAUACAUAUAUACUUCUAUAUAUAUAUACUGUGAAAGCCAUGAUUCCGUGUCAGAGAUCAAACCAGGAGUCUGUCAGGUAUUGAGUGUCUGUGAAACGGUCGCUGAGAGUGUUUACAAAGUAGGACCCCCCCCCUCACUAAGCUAAACUGCUCUCCACCCGUGUGUUUUUUUUAAACAGUAACGACCACUAUUAAUGCUCAGAAGUUGUUUUUUUUAAGGGAUGCUGAAGGAAAAAGGAGGGAUUUAUUUUGUAGCGAUAUCUAUUAAAAAAAAAAAAAAAAAAUGUAUAGAAGGAGAUCUGGAAGUUGGGAGAUUAAGUGGAGGGAUACUAAUGAGCGAAGUGAUACUGAGGGAUGCUUUCGGAGAGGUUGUCCUUUUUCUUAUAGUGACUCACCACAAGUGUCUGAAGCUGUUGGAGGACAGUUCAUCUGGUUUUCAACCUAGGUCUUAUUUUCAUGAUGAAUUUAGCAUUUUAUUUGCUGGAGUUGUGACUGUACACCGGUGGGAGCUAACCUCAAGUUGGUAAAGCGGGGGCAACCUGCUGUGUGGUUCCUGGAGUUAAGAACAGGCAGCUGGGCCUUCAUUAAAAGUAGAUCCCGACGCUGUUGGCUCCAGAAGCUAAUCCCGGAGUGCUACUUUUUCACUAAUGUGCGAUUUAAAUUCAAGUUCAUCUGGAAAACAACACCGGCCUUUCUUGAGCCGAGAAAAAAAUAAUAUUUUCAUCUUUGUGUCAUUGUAUUUUUAGUGCUCAUAAUGUAAUAAUUUUUGUAAAAGUUUUAUUUAGCUUCCUCUGUGAGAGUUUCCGUCUUAACUAUGGAAAUGCAAAAAAUCGGGUAAUUUUCCUUUCAAGGACGUGGAAAGACACGCGCCUCAGGUCAAGGGUCUUGGACAUGGCUGAGAGGCCCCGCCCCCCUCCUGCGGAUCAGCGUCUGUCAGAGAGCUGCAGGGAGCCAGUACGGUCAGCUGGAAGGGUUCAAACAUCUAGCCACUUUUUAUUUUGUCACUGGUUCGUCAGACUGCCCCCCCACACACACCCGUCUGACCCACACUUGUUAACGUAAACCCUGCUAUGUAAAAUACGGUUCUCCUGCUGUCUUUGUUGAACUUCAAAUUUGAAAUUGUAGAUUUUUUUGUGUCUAAUAACUCCUUUGUAUAUACUACUCCAGAUUUGUACGUAACGUUUAUGGUAGUAAUUUAUUUAACUUGUCUCCUCAGUAAGAAAGUUCCUCAAGCACCACUUUAUUUUUUAAUUAGGAAUUCAAUGUGCCAUUUGUUAAUUUCUGUAUUGUAACUAAUUUUUUUUUUUUUUUUUUUUUUUUUAAUGUACAAGUAAAGCCCUUGGUGUUUUUUCUUAUUUUUUUUAUACACGGUUGUCCUUACGCAAUACCAACCGUAAUGCAAGAUUGUGUUUAGUGGACGAGGAAGCCUCUGGGCUGCUUGGAUCUGACAGUGUUGCUCAGCAACAGUGAUGGGAUGUUCUGGAUGUAGGUUACAGUCACAAUGAGUGUGAACGGAGGGAGUUCUCCUGCUGCUGGGUUCUCCUGCUGCUGGGUUCUGCUGCCGCUGGGUUCUGCUGCUAGCGUCAUGUUUAUGUUCAUUGACUAGUCAGGGAGUGAGACAAGUCUCCAUAGUUUAAAGAAGAAUAUUGGAUAGUUUAUUUAAAAUGCACGGUGUAGCACAAACUAGUUUAGAGAUGCCAAACAUGCGAAUAUUGUUUAAUAUGUAUUCUGUAUGUUUAGUAAGUUAAUUGUUCACCCACUGGUUUAAAGUUUCAGUCACGGUGUCCUGACCCACUCUGCAACGAGGGAUCCACAGUUGAGGUUUUUAACUUGCUUUUAAAAUAAUCUGACCAACAGUCUUAGACAUUUUAUUUACUACAUUGCUGACAAAGACUAGUUGCAGUAGAUUUUAAUACGACGAUUUACAAGCAGCAUAUUAAACGUCCUGUAGCGUUUCCAUCACCAUCAAUCCAACAGGCAGACAGAUUUCAGUCCAUGACCAGUUUGGUGAGCAGUGCUCAGCCGACUGACCCUAUUAGGUCUCAGGUGACCGUGUGCCUCUUAAAGUAGCUCCUCCCCCGAGGAACAGACCAUAGUGACGGCAGCAGCCAGAACCGGCCGGAGGAACACUGUCCUGCAGUCACACCCAGCACAUCGUUUCACUCUAGUGUCCUCAUCUCCGUGGUAACGCUCGACAGCAGCUAACAUGAACCACAACGUGACGUCAAACUUUUUAUUUAUUUUUCCUCUUUUUAUUUUUUUAAAAAUUAGAAAUGACUUUCUGAGCUGGGUUAUGUUGUCAAUCAUGUCAAUAUAGUUUUUAGAAUCCAAAUAAAAACUGGGUUUAAAUGUU